AUGAGAGAAUCAAACCAUCAUAUUCUUCUUAUUCUUAACAAGGCUUCUAUACAUGUUAUUGGCUUUCUUUCUUUUUCCAAUAUAGAAGUUCUUUUCUUACUAUCCAAAACAACAUCAAAAAUCCAACCUAUAGACGCUGGUAUUAUUGCAUCAUUCAAGCUCUAUUAUCAUUGCCUACAACUUCAGCAUGCAAUUGAUUUGGAUAAGGCUAGUGAAAAAGUUAUCUAUAAGGCUCACACAAAAAUUGUAACACUAUAUGAUAAAGCUGGAUUACCUAUUUCUGUUUUUCCUAUUACUAACACUAAUGAUUCCAAAAUUGUAGAGAAAAACCUAGCUAAAGAACAAAAAUUAGUUGAAGAACUUUAA